GGGCCUCCCCUGGACGCCGGGACAGCGCCCUAGCGCGGCCUGACCCCGCCGGCGCGCGCCUGCCCUGGGUGGCCGCCCACUGCGAGGCCGCCAGCCCGACACCCCUUGCCCGGAGGUCCGCCCCUCAAGAUCGAGCGUUGACCGCGGUUUCUGUUCCGAGGCGCUGGUGCUGCAGACUGCUGGCGACCGGGGCUCUUAACCCGCAGCCUGGAGGCCAGAGACGCCUGGAAGUCAGCCAGCGGGAGCCCCGUGGGGCCAGUCGGGCUCUGACACACGUGGGGUCACCAGCCAUUGGCACUGGCUGCGCAGCGACCAAAGGGUUUGGAAAUCUCAGGCCAGGGGCCAACCUACAAAGCAGCAAGGAGCCGUGGCCAGCUGAUGGCCACCCUGGCAGCUGCAGGCGGCGGCGCACAGCCCAACACUGAGCUUCGGGAGACCAGGAUCCAGCCGCAGGACCACGAGGACGCGGCUCGCAGCGAUGGGCCCACGCUGAAGCAAGAACCCCCAGAAGAGGCGGAGCCCUGGGGUCUCCAGGGCGGACCACCGGGCGGGGAGCCGGCCAGGCCCUGCAACACAGCGGCUCCGAGGCCGAGGCAGGCCGCCCCUGGGGAGCCGCGCCGCCGCCGACAUGGGCCCAGAAACAAAGCCAGUUCCGCGCCACCCCUGGGGGCCCCUCAGGAACCCCCCGCGGAAUGUGGCCCUGCCACCACGUGUGAGCCAGGAGGUGGCAGGUCGCCUGGGAAGGCCUCAGAGCGCAGGAGCCCGCGGGCGGGCAGCGGGGCGAAGCCGCACACGUGCCGGGAGUGCGGGAAGACCUUCGGGCGCAGGUCUGACGCCCUGAAGCACCUGCGCGUGCACACGGGGGAGAAGCCCUACGUGUGCGAGGAGUGCGGCCGCGCCUUCGUGGAUAGCUCGCACUUCACGCAGCACCUGCGCGCCCACCGCGGCGAGAAGCCCUUCGCCUGCCCCGAGUGCGGCCUGGCCUUCAGCCAGAGCUCCAACCUGUCGCAGCACCGGCGCGUGCACAGCGGGGAGCGGCCCUUCGCCUGCCCCGAGUGCGGCCGCGCCUUCAGCCGCAGCUCUUUCCUGCGGGAGCACCAGCGCGUCCACACCGGCGAGAAGCCCUUCCGCUGCGCCCGGUGCGGAAAGGCCUUCGGCUUGAGUUUCCACCUGCUCCAACACCAGCGGGUGCACGGCCCCGACUGAACCCAGGCAGGCACUCGCUCACGUGCCUAUGUCUCCGUGAGUGGGCCGCAGUGCCAGCAGGCCAGCUGCAGGGGCCAGCACCAGAGGGGCACCUUAUGCUUGCCCCUGCCCUUCCUCAGAACAUCAGGAUUGUGGACAGCACCCCCUGGUCACAGGGAACCAGGUGGAACCUGUCUGCCCAUCCCCUAUUGCUGGGGAAGACACACACAGUAUGAUCCCCUACACAUCCGCCAUCUGAUCCCCUAGACACACACAGUCUGAUCCCCUACACGCACAUGGUCUGAUCCCCUACACACACAGUCUGAUCCCCUACACGCACAUGGUCUGAUCCCCUACGCACACACCGUCUGAUUCCCUACACAUACGCCGUCUGAUCGCCUACAUACACACUGUCUGAUCCCCUACACACACAGUCUGAUCCCCUACACACACGCCAUCUGAUCCCCUACACAUACGCCGUCUGAUCCCCUACAUACACGCCGUCUGAUCCCCUACACACAUGCCGUCUGAUCCCCUAUACACACGCCGUCUGAUCCCCUAUGCACAUACCGUCUGAUCCCCUACAUACACACUAUCUGAUCCCCUACGCACACACCGUCUGAUCCCCUACAUACACACUGAUCCCCUACACACACACCGUCUGAUCCCCUACGCACACACCGUCUGAUCCCCUACAUACACACUGAUCCCCUACACACACGCCGUCUGAUCCCCUACGCACACACCGUCUGAUCCCCUACACACACACUCACACGCUGCAGGCCACUGCUUCCCUGUUGUUGCUCUUGGGUUGUCUCUGGCUGAGACACAGCGUAGCUCCCAUGCAUACACCACCCUAAACCACCUGCGCCCUCCGGUGAGUUUCCAGAGAUGUAGCCUGCGUGGAUCUUUGUAGCCACCACACUGCGGAGAGUCGGCCCUCCCACCACCCAGAGAGUUCCAGCUCUAGGAGCACCUGUGCAGGCCAGUGGGUGUCCCUGCCAUCGGAUGGUGUGAACAGAGCCUUCUUACUGCCGCUUCUGUCUCUGUAACUGUGUCUGAAAGCCAUCCGGUAUCCGCGUCCCCUGGCCCCCAGCCCAGUGUGAACCCAUAGCAAAUCUUAAAAGUCACAGGUCACUUUCUACUUGGUUUCAGA